AUUUUAAACCGUAUACUGAAUCACAUGUCAUUUUGGUUACAGUUUGGCAUACACAUCAUAAAGAUGCCUAAUACGCUAUAUCUCUUGAAACAUCUCACAUGAUUAGUAUGCUUUCCAUCAAGUUAGUUACUGAUGCACCAUACACCAAAAGCCAAGGAAAAACUCCCCACCGAAAUUUUAACCACCCCGUUUCCAUUACCAAAUUAUACCAGCUAUAUAACUACAUUCAAAUCAAACCAUAUCCAUUCCAUAAAGUUAUUAAAUCCGCGAUGGUAAACACACCCGAGUCACAGCAAUCAACAAUGAAUAAGCUACCCCUUAACGGACCCUUGCUCGGCCCAUCCACACCACAAGGUACAGGCUCGGUCCACAAAACCUUAUCCAGUGCUGCUAACCUUGCUAACCUUCUGCCUACAGGCACAGUCCUUGCAUUCCAAGCCCUCAUCCCUCCUUUCUCCCAGAAUGGCUUAUGUCAUCCUGUCAACACAUACCUCACCAUAUCUCUGAUCGUAGUAUUUGCUCUCAUUUGUUUCCUCUCUUCUUUCACUGACAGCUUUAUGGGUCCAGACGGUAAACUCUACUACGGGAUUGCCACACGUAAGGGUAUCUACGUGUUUAAUGGGAUGAAAUGGGAAGAAGAGGAGAGGGAAAAUGGUAGAGAAGCAAAAGACUUGAGCAAGCACAGGAUUAGGUUUAUAGACUUUGUUCAUGCUUUUGUUUCAUUGGCUGUGUUCUUGGUGUUUGCCUUCAGUGAUCAACAUGUGUUGAAGUGUUUUCUUUGGAAUUCAGCAAAUGAAGAUUGGGUUAGUGCACUUCUUCUGAAUUUGCCUCUUGGAGUCGGAGCUUUGUCGAGCUUCUUGUUCGUUCUCUUUCCGACUAACCGGAGAGGGAUUGGAUAUGCAGACAUGGCUGCUAUUUAGCUUAGGCUUCAAUGCUUCAUGUUCUAAACUUCGAUUCCCCGUAAGUUCAUUUACACACUGCGUAGUAGUACAAGUUACCAUAAGUCUGUACCAGCAUUUCUGACCACUUCGUGUUUUUUGAGCCAUUUCUAGCAAAAUAGUUGCAACAUUUUUAAAUUUGGUUGGGUUAAAAGUGAUUUGAAAACAAUCUUCUUGUAAUGUUCGGCCCGACAAUAUUGUUUGGCCUGAAUGGCUCGCAAAAUUGGCUUGAUUUCAGCGUGGCUUGGCCCUAUGUUCAUCUCUACUGAAAAAGUGGGUUGUACA